AUGGCGGAGCAGUUGGAUCCCCACAAGCCGCUGUGCGUUGUUGCGGGCAAGGAUCGUUGCGUGAUCGUGGUCAACGCGUUGCGGCCCCCUCGCCUGUCUUGGGUCUUGGUCCGACCAGCCCUGGCAGUCCUGGCACCGGACUCUGAUCGCCAGUGGGACCUCACGCGUCAGAAGCUUACGGGGCCGGAGCUCUCCCCGCGGGGCGGCGGCGCCCCCCCGCGGCCGGCGCCGGCGGGCGCCAGCCGCACCCAGGCCAGCGCGAGCGGCUGGGUGGAGGCCAUCUCGGCGGAGUUCCCCCCGCUCGGGUUCCCAGACCUCAAGAAGGCGGAGGGCGGCAAGAAGGCCGAGGGGGACCAGGUCGCGGAGGACCUCCUGAAGUUCCCGGAGAGCGCGGUGGACGGCACCGUGGAGCAGAGGCAGGAGGAGCUCCUGGCGUACAGGAAGCAGGCGGAGCGGAACCAGCGGCUCGCCUCCGAGGGCAUCGACGGCGCCCGCGGCAUCCUUGCGAACUGA